AUGGAGAGCGCCACGACACCCACAGCCACGCUGGUAAGCGAGGCGACCGAAGCGGGUGAAGCCGCUGGUGCAGUAGUCGUCGGCUUCUUUGUCGACGGCGCCAGCGUAAGGGCGGCAUCAGUCGGCGAGGGCGUCGGGUCCGUGGGCGACGUUGUUGCGGCAGGAUCACUUGUCGUCGUACCAGGCGCAUCCGUCGUCGUAGGUGCCUUCGUGCCGCUACCACUGGUAGUAGGACUGGGCGUCGUGGACGCUGGGUUGGGACCAGGUCCAGGAGCUGGGCCGGGAGCUGGGCCGGGAGCAGGGCCAGGCGCGGGACCUGGAGUAGGACCCGGGUUAGGCGACGGCGAAGGAGAAGGAGACGGAGUCGGGUUCGGACCUGGCGUAGGACCCGGUGUCGGGGCCGGCGUCGGCGCAGGCGUCGGAGCCUUCGUCGCCGGCGUCUUACACGAAAUCGCCUGGCCCUUGCACUCUUGCACCGCGCACACAUCGACCGGCAACGGCGCCACGCACACCAUCCAGCAGUCAAUACCGGGCGCCGUGCCUUGGCUCACGCAGCAGCCAUCGGACCGGCACUUAUCGAGCGUGUGUUCGUUGUUGCAGUCAAACAUACACUGCUCCUUGGUCUUGGAGCACGUCGGACCCGGCACCCAGAUGCCGAGCGUGCAUGCGUCGUCCAUGGCCAUGAGCUGGCGGCCCACCGGACACGCCAGCGACGCAAUACCGUUGUCUUCGUUGAGCAGGUGA